GACUGGUCGAAGCUCCAAUCGAGUGUGAGUACAAAUACCACGAGUUGGCCUCCUUCAUCCGAACUUCCCUAGCUUAAGCAAAACCUCACGCGACUGAGUCCAUGGAGGAGAAUCACUCCGCUUCGCAUUCUCAUCCUACUGCGGAAUUGCUGGAAUUCCCCACGUCUACUCCGCCGUCCCCUUCUCCGUCUCCUGCCUCUACAAUCUUAUCGGCUUCACACGUUGAUAGCGGUGCAGAAACCCCUUAUGGCAGGCGGAAACACGGGAGGAGGAGGCGAGGUGCUUCCAGGCGAGAACCAGAGGAUGGGACAACUGUUCCCUGUGUUGAUUCGGACACUGAACCGACCCCACAGGAAAAAACUCGCUGUGAGUAGAGGAGAAAACUUGGGAAAGGGCUAUCUAAUUAAUAUGUAGACGAGGAAGCGGUGGGGGAUUGGUUCUCCAACAAGCGACCACGACAAUUUCCUACGGUUUUGUUCAGGGUCCUCGGAAAGAUGGACCAGGAACGGGAGGAUUGGCGAAAAAAAGAAGAAAACCAAAAAUGCCCACAUGAGGUUAUUGCCGAGGCGUGGCUUUCACCACAGCUAAACAAAUGUAUGCUUUUGGUGGUCGAUUUUUCCUUCUUUUCCUUGAGGGGGCAAAUGCUGACAAUGGAACAGCUCCGCACUUUAGAGGUCGGAACGGAAUUGUAUUAUGGAGUUGGUUGGAAAAUUCGGUAUGUGUUAUCGUUCUUUCAGGAUCAGAUUGUCAUCAUCGGCCAUGGACUUCUGGCUGAUCCGUCCGAGGUGGUAAACAGAGGCUGAAAGAUGAUCAUUUUACACUAAUGUAAAGUAGCGCUGUGGGAGCCUUCACUUUCUAGAGCUAAUGCCCGCCAUAGCUCUCUUGCUGGCCUGACCCAAGAUAUUCUCAAAGCGUUGUUGAUACACUAUGAUAUCAAAAUACAGUGCCUCUACGACAUGCUUUUUGUAGAUGGCUUCUCUGCGAACCUCCAUCCCCCGUCAGCGAACGGUAUAGUGGGCCCUUACGGGAUUGUGUUUCUAGCAUGGCUGAACCUUGUAUGAUAGUCUUCUCGUUGUGCUUUGACUUCCUUCGGCAGGUGCCAUUGGGUACCGAACGAAAAGGCUACAUACAAACAUUCCCAGAGCUUGAGAAUUACAGACGGGAUCACGUAUUAUCGUGGAAGUGGGAUCCGGAUGCCCCGGAGCGCAAAGAAUCGUUAGUAUCUCCAAUCGUCUCCCCCAUGCCGGCCCGUUAAUGCUAGUGCCACAGCGACCGGGGGUUCGAUAUCUGCCGAGCUUCAAUAUGGAUUCGAAGGGAUCUCAAGAUGAAUAAGAAGACGGCGAUAUUCUAUACUCAGCCAAAGAGGUCCAAACAUAUUCCCAACAAGGGUCAGACUCAAUGGCGAAUGAGUCAGUUCUGUGAUGAUAUAAAUAGCCGGACGCGGCGGAAGCUAGAGGAUGUUGACCCGGAAGAUAGUGAGGAUAUUUUUCACUUCUUGCACCGAUACUUUAAGGAUACGUUCAAAUGGACACGGGUACUUGAGUUGAAUCAGCGGAAAGUCCGUGCGUUGGUAAGUCAUCUUUAUUGGAUUAUGUCAAGAGAUAUCCUAACUUGUGCCCCCCAACGUAGGAGAGGGAAGCUUUCGAGUCGCCAAUGAUUGAGACUACGAGAGAUAUAUACCGACAAAGGUCGGCUCUGGACACACACCUUUCAAUACUUAAUCUGCAAAGAACAAUGAUUUCCGCGCUUUGUAGUCGCGAAGUGCAUGAUGAGAUGUUCUGGCCGAAGGAUGCUAGAUUAUUAUUUGGAGACAUCGAGGAUACUCUCGGUGAAAAAAUAACCGACUUUGAGAGAAUGAGGAAGCAAUGUGAUGAUAUUCAGAACCUGGUCAGUACAAGCAAUACCUGGAGGACAGAUCGUCAACCCUACCCAAUACUGAAACUGGGUACAAUUAGAUUUUCAAUACAAUAGCAAUUGAAGAAAGUCGGGCGGCAGUUGAUCAAGGCCGAAGCAUUGGCCGAUUAACGUGGAUGACUUUUGUUUUUCUCCCUUUGUCGUUUGUAGCUGUAUUCACCCCUUUCCUAUCCUGUCUUCAGCUCCACUAUCUAACCAAUGCAGUCGAUACUCGGAAUGAAUGUUUUCCAACUCGAGAAUGCUAGCCUAUGGCUCUACUUUGCGGUCUCUGCCCCGCUACUAGCGUUUAUUAUCCUUGGUCUUGUGCUCCUCAAAGCAGGCAUCCUGUACAGCCAAAGUGGAAGACCCAACCUCAACUUUUUCAGCUGGGUACUCGCGGGCAGGCCCGGAAAACAACGAUUAGCUAGGCUUGACCUGGAGAAGGGAGGACUAACUGAGAAACUAAAAGAUCGGUUGGGAAGCACUAGUCAGACACGAAAGGAUAAUUCGCCAAUUGAGAAGGGGAAGGGGAAAGGGAAAAGCAAGAAUAGAGGCAAGAAGCAAGAGUAAUAUGGAAUGGUUUAUGCUACAUGUGCUAGGGUAUAUAUGUUAGGGUAUAUAUGUUUUAAUCUCCAAACUACAAUAUCAGUCCCGGAAUAGAAAGACGUUUAGUUAAUAA